AUGAGUUUAUCACACUACGACAAGUACAAACGAAGGUCAGAUAAGCUGCCUACUUCAAAAACAUUACAAGAAGAAGAGACAACGAAUAAUCACGAUGAUAACCGACCAUGCAAAAUUCGUAAAACUUCGUCUUCAAUCACAAACCUCUCCGGUGACUGUCUAAAUCUUAUAUUUAAGUGCUUAGAGACUAUAUAUGAUCGUAAUUCCUUUGGAUUAACUUGUCAUAAGUGGUUUGAUAUUCAGAACAACAAUCAGGAAUCAUUAUGGUAUCAUACUAGUAUUUAUGCACGAGGACUUAGUCCAGAAAUUAUGUGCAAGUUGUUGAUUCGAUUUCAACACCUCAAAUAUUUAUCUCUUAGAGGGCUGCCUAGGAUAACGGAUUUUGUUACAUCAAAGUCACAAUCUUUUGGCUCCAAUGUUCAAACUCUAAUGUUAGAUUUUUGCUCUCAGUAUUCUGAUAUGCAGUUGUCUUUAUUAUUUUCUUGGUUUCCUAGUUUGACAUGCAUACGUUUGGAUUAUUCUAAUAUUGCUGACAAAGGUUUAGAGACCCUGGCAAACUGUUGUCCAUCCUUGGAGGAGGUUAGCCUGCAAUGUUGUUACACGAUUACUGAUUCAGGAAUAGGUUUUCUAGUACAAAAAUGUCGCCAACUGAGAUCACUAGAUAUCAGAUAUUGCAGCAGUAUAACAGGUAUUAGCUUUCUUGGGUGUGCACAGACCUUAACUUAUCUUGUAGCAUGUGGGUGCAAAAUUAAUCCCGAGGGGAUUAACGCUAUUGUUAGCGGUGGUGGACUUGAAUAUCUCUGUCUCCUGACAUACAAAGAAGAUUUGGCCAAGGUUGGAGAAGGAUGCAUUAUCAAUACCGAAGCAGUUGUAACGAUUUCAAAAAGCUGCCCUCUACUGACUCGACUGUUGCUAUCGAACUGUGAGGAGGUAGAGCUAGAGGGAUGGGAAGCUAUUGGUCUAAAUUGCAAACAAUUGAAAUCGCUUUUUGUGAUGGGGUGCCAAAAGUUUUGUGAUGUGGGUUUGCAAGCUAUAUGUGAUGGGUGCAGUAAUCUUUCCGAGUUAUAUGUAGACGGAGAAAAAAAUAAUAUUAGCAGCUCCGCUCUUGAGCUUUUCGAGUGCAAAAAGCCUGAUGUGCUGUUUUUGCAAUAA